AUGAAAGCUGUGCGGCGACUCAAUAAACCCAUUCAAACCUUGGAAACAAAUAGAAGGAACCUGUCAUCCAUAGCCACACCCUUACCAGUGGACGCACAUGGCCCCAUCUGGAAACCCCAGGAAACCCCUUCGUAUGUGCCUACAUACCCUAUUCGUCUAUCCGUUUUACACCAACUUUUGCAAAAAUGUGCGAGAGAAAGUUUACCCAUGGAAGGGAUGGCUUGUCAUGGCUGUAUAAUUCAGUAUGGACUGUGGGCAAACACUUUAACUUCAAAUAUGCUCAUUAAUAUGUACUCAAAAUGUGGGUUUCUGGAGUAUGCGCGGAGAGUGUUCGAUGAAAUGCCUGAAAGAAGCCUAGUUUCUUGGAAUACCAUGAUUGGUUCAUAUACCCAAAAUGGAAACGAAAGGGAGGCUCUUGAUCUUUUUGUUCAGAUGCAAAGAGAAGGAACAGAAUUCAGUGAAUUCACACUUUCAGGCGUUUUGUGUGCUUGUGCAGCUGAGUUUGCAGUGUUCGAGUGUAGGCAGUUACAUGCUUUUGCUCUCAAAGCAUCUAUGCUUGAAAACAUGUUCGUUGGCACUGCUUUACUUGAUGUUUAUGCCAAAUGCAACCUACUAAAAGAUGCAAUCCGUGUCUUUGAAUAUAUGCCUGAAAGGAGUGCUGUGACAUGGAGCUCAAUGGUUGCAGGAUAUGUGAAAAACGAGCUUCAUGAGGAAGCAUUGAUGACAUUUAAAAAAGUACAAAUUACAGGAGUUGAAUUCAACCAGUUCAUUCUUUCUUCAGUUCUUGCAGCUUGUGCAGCUAUAGCUGCUAAAAUUGAAGGAAUUCAAGCACAUGCAGUGUUGUUCAAAACAGGUUUCAUUCUAAACUUCUUUGUUUCUUCUUCCCUAGUAGACAUGUACUCCAAAUGUGGAAGCAUCAAUGAAGCUUAUGUAGUGUUCUCAUGUGUAAAACAAAAGAAUAUUGUUUUACUAAAUGCAAUGAUUUCUGGGUUUUCAAGACAUGGUCGAUCCAUGGAAGCAAUGAUGUUAUUUGAAAAAAUGCAGCAAAUUGGCUUGCAACCAAACGAGGUUACUUAUGUUUCUGUAUUGUCUGCUUGUGGCCAUAUGGGGUUAGUGAAAGAAGGGAAGAAAUACUUUGAAAUGAUGGUGAAAGAACAUAACUUAUCACCUAAUGUUGUUCAUUAUUCAUGCAUGGUUGAUGUUCUUGGUAGAACAGGUUUGAUCAAUGAAGCUAAAAUCUUGAUUGACAAAAUGCCAUUUGAGGCUACUGCUUCCAUUUGGGGAUCACUUUUAAGCUCAUGUAGAGUCUAUGGAAAUAUCGAAUUAGCUGAGAUUGCUGCUAAAACAUUUGUUUGA